AUUCAAUUCACAGAUCAAAACCUAAGCCCUAAAAUCACCAACAAUGGCGAGACCGACUCCUGGCAGACAAUCAAUCGCCUCCUCCUCCACCACGCCGACGGCGGGGACAGCCACCACCACCUUAACCCUCGCGACGGCGUCAUCGUCUAAUCAACAGCAGCCUCAAAUCACGGAUUCAUUGGUGUUGAAAUUGAAGAUUCCGAAGAAGAAGGUGUCGUGGAAGAAAGGAACCGUGGACAACGAGCUCAUGAAUAAAAAGAGCUCGAAGAAAUGCUGCAUCUUCCACAAAGAAAAGCCUUUUGACGAAGACGACUCCGAUGCAGAGGACAACUGCGAUCACGAUCAUCAUAGUAUCGGAGGCGAUCGAUGAUUAGAAAAAAAAAAUCGUGGAUUCGAUGGAAAACCGCUGCGCUUUUGAGUUGAUGAUUGAUUCGUUAUUCAUCGUUAAUGGAGAUUUUAUUUAGGCGGGUUUCUUUUGGAUUUUGAAGAAUGUUGGGAGAAUUUGUUUGGGAUUUAUUUGUUGCAGUCAUCAAUGGCUUGCUGUCAAUAUUACUACCUGCAAAAUUUGUGAGUUUUGUUCUCUUUGAAAUCUCGUUUACGUUACAGAGUAGAAUCAAAAUCGAAAUACGUUUCGUUUGUUGUAUGAUGAUCAUAUCAUUCUAAUCAUUGUGUAGGUUAUUGGAGAACUUUUAAUAUGAUAAUUUGGUUUCUGUUUCGAGUUUGAUAUUGAU